AUGUGGCUGACGCGAGUCCUGUCCUCGAUCAUCUUCCUCUCUGCCGUCAUCUUCACCGUGCCCCUGGCCUUCGAUGUCGGCGGGAGGACCUGUGGCCUAGCUUUCUCGUUAUCCCUCGCGACUUACUACUUCCUCUACUCCACACUACGGCUGAUCACACCGGACCACUCGAAAUACCGCCGGGCGUUGAUUCAUCUCAUUGCCUGGACGCAAUGGCUCGUGAUCCCGACGCUGGUGAUAUGGAGCCUGAACAAGUUCUCGGUCGAUGCGGAUCAUGGCGCUGGAUGGGUGCGGAGGACGUUCGACUUCAAAAGAGCACGGGAUACUACUCUCAGCGAGUGGCUGUUCGGUCGCGGAGGGCUUGUGGAAACGGUCACGAUAGGGGGCUGGGACAAAAUACUGCACUGGUCGACCCCGGUGUUUCAGGUUGGGGAGGGCUUUUGCAGCCUGUUGGUGAUACAGGCUUGUGGUCAAAUCACAAGGUGGCUAGUGAAUCGCGAGAGAGGCGAUAGCUGGAUGAUCGGGCUGCUGGUCGUCUCUGCCUCCAUAAUCUCCAGCUCUGUCUACUUCCUCUGGCGGAUCACCACGUUCCCGGAAAUCAGCAACGUCGAUGCCAUACUGAUCGGCGCGGCCAUCACCUGCGCUAUCUUCCUCUGCUCCUGGGGCAUAGGCAGUGGAAGGGGCAAUCCAGUUGAAAGCUCUCUUUUGUUCGCAUACGUUACACUAUGUAUAUACCAGAUCUUCACCGAUUACCAGCCAUCCCACCCUAUGGAGUCCCCUCCACCUCCAUCGCAACCCGCGCUACCUCCGCUUCCUCCGCUGAUCAUGGCAUCGUACACGACGCUGGUACACGUGCUGUCCAGCUUACCAUCGACCAUCCACUCCGCCUUCAACUUCGUCGUAGCCGCCAUCAUGACCAUAACACCGUCCGUCAUCAUAUCGCUCGCCUACCGAGUCUUCGUCAUGUACUCGGCCGCCCGCAUCAUUCCCGCCAUCCAAGCCUCGGGAGCUCGUGCGCUGUCACAAGAGCCUUCAUUAGAUGACGACGACCAAGCCGGCCAAGCACUUGGCUUCCUGAGCUGGUUUAGCCCGAGCAUCUUGAUCGCGGUCUAUACCAGCCUACUGAUGCAGCACUUCGCUUCGACAAGCGGCGAAGGUGGGCCAGGAGAGUGGUGGACAAGCCAAGGGGGCGAUGCUGGAGGAAACCUUUGGAGGUGGAUCAACUUGGCUUGCACGAUGGGCCUCUACGCUAUCGAGUUGUAUCUCGGAAAGGCGGACGACGAUACUCGGCUGACGAGCCACUGGAAAUCGGAUUGA